AGCCCCAAAGGGAGAAGCCCCAGUGACUGCCCCGGCAUCUGGCCCGUGGUGCCCCGAUAACUUUCCUGCCUCUUCCCCCUCCCCAGCUUGGUAUAUGGCGGCUCCAGGACUUCCCACCCGGAGACGGACAUCCUACAUCGACAGGCUUAUGCGGCCCCCCACCCACUUCAGGGUUAUGCCACCAACCAUCACCCCGCAGGGCUCUCUGGCUUGUUUGACACGGGCCUUCACCACGCUGGCUCAGCUGGCCCGGACGCCUCCGUCAUGAACCUGAUCUCGGCCCUGGAGUCCCGGGCCCCCCAGCCGGGCCCGUCCGCCUCCUCCCUCCUGUCGCAGUUCCGGAGUCCAUCCUGGCAGACAGCCAUGCACACCCCCGGCCCCACGGAGCUGUUCAUCUCGGGGGCCCUGCCCGGCUCAGGGACGUUCCCGUCAUCCUCGGCCCUGUCCGCCUACCAGCACCCGGCGUCGUUCGGGGGCCGCCCCUUCCCGGUACCGUCAUCCCUCAGCCUCCAGGACCCUCCCUUCAGCCCCCCAGCCAACGGGCUGCUGUCGCCGCACGAUGUGCUGCACCUGAAGCCCUCGCAGGCGCCAGCGGUGCCCUCCUCGCUAGGCUUUGAGAGGCUGGCGGGGGGCGGAGUGCUGGGGCCGGCCAGCCUGGGGCCGGCACAGACGCCCCCCUACCGGCCCGGCCCCCCGGAGCCACCCCCUCCACGCCAUCUGCCGACGCAGUUCAACCUGCUGGCAUCGUCGUCCUCGGAGCAGUCAUCUCCACAGUUGUACAAUUUCUCUGGGGCCGCCCCUCCGGGGCCCCCUCCUGAGCGGGCCUUGCCGCGGCAGGACAGCGUCAUCAAGCACUACCAGCGGCCUGCCAGCGCGCAGCCGCCCCCGCCGCCGCCGCCAACCCACUCCCUGCAGCACUACCUGAGUUGCGGGGGCAGCUACCCGCCACCCACCAUGGGCCACCGGGCUGGCCUGGCCUGCAGCCCCCUGGGUGGGGAGCCCUCCCCCGGGGCCGGGGAGGCAGCCAAGGCGGGACAGGGGGCCG